AUGAAUGAUGCCAGAAUCCCAAGGGCCCCGCGCAGGCAGCGCUUCGAACCCACGCUGGAGGAGGCGGAGGAAACUACGAGUCCCAGAUGCAAAGCGAAGGGUACCGCGGGGGCCAAUCGGCAUCUCACGCCCCCGUGCGCGGCGCUGGGCGGCCGGCGGCGGGGUAGCGCCGGCUGCGCCCUGGGAAAAACGCCGGGGCGGGUGUCGUUCGGCCCCUGCUCGCGGCUCCUUCCUGGCCCCCAGCGCUGAGCUAUGGCCGCUGCGGCGCUGCUGACCGUGGCGCUGGGCGGGGUGCUGCUCAUCGCCCGCCGCUACCUGAGCGGGGCCGGCCGGGCUUCGCGGGGGGCCGCCGCGCUGAUGCGGGGCAAGACGGUGAUCGUGACGGGCGCGAACAGCGGGCUGGGCCGGGCCACGGCGGCCGAGCUGCUGCGGCUGCAGGCCCGGGUGAUCCUGGGCUGCCGGGACCGCGGCCGGGCCGAGCAGGCGGCCCGCGAGAUCCGCGCCGUGGGCGCCCAGGCGGAGGGCGGGGAGCUGGUGAUCAGGGAGCUGGUGGCCUCGCUGCGCUCCGUGCGCAGCUUCUGCGGGGGGGUCCUACAGGAAGAGCCGAGACUGGAUGUCCUGAUCAAUAAUGCGGGGAUAUUCCAGUGUUCAUACAUGAAGACAGAGGAUGGUUUCGAGAUGCAGUUUGGUGUCAACCACUUGGGUCAUUUCUUGCUCACUAACCUUCUCCUUGGCCUCCUCAAAAGUUCUGCCCCAAGCAGGAUUGUGGUAGUUUCUUCCAAACUUUACAAAUAUGGAGAGAUCAACUUUGAAGACUUGAACAGUGAGAUAAGUUACAAUAAAAGUUUUGGCUACAGUCGCAGUAAACUGGCUAACAUACUAUUCACCAGGGAGCUAGCCCGCCGAUUGGAAGGCACAGGAGUCACUGUCAAUGUGCUUCAUCCUGGUAUUGUCCGAACCAAUCUAGGCAGAUACAUGAAUAUUCCUUUGCUGGCAAAACCCCUCUUCAAUUUGGUGUCAUGGGCUUUCUUCAAAACCCCAUUGGAAGGAGCCCAGAUAUAUUAUUUGGCCUCCUCUGCAGAAGUAGAGGGUGUGUCAGGCAAGUUUGGGGAUUGCAAAGAGGAGGAACUGCUGCCGAAAGCCAUGGAUGAUUUAGUUGCAAGAAAACUGUGGGAUAUCAGUGAAGUGAUGGUUGGAUUAUUAAAAUAAAUGGUAGGGAAAAAAGACAACUAAUAUUUUGCUACCCUGAAGCUUUCUGCAAUGGUAUUUCCCCCUUGAAUGGUGUGAAACACAAAUUACUUCGCUCACAGAUUUCAAAGCUACUAGGAGUAAUCUGUACAGCUCUUUUAAAAUAGAGAAUAUCCUCUAUUUUAAAUAAAUCCAUAUUUUGAAAAAAUACAGACCUAGAGUCUAACAGCUUGGGUGUUUGAAUAUUUUUCAGUUAAAUCUCUUCUGAAAGCUACUUGUUCUACUGAUAAAAUAAAAAGUUCUUUGCUAUGUAAUGUA